GCCUUUUUCAUUCGUCUCUUGAAUUCUGAACGCAACGGUUCGCCUCCGCUCCAAAACGGCAACGGCACUCGAAAAGCGCCCAGUGCAAAGUUAACUAAAGUGCAAAAAUCUACACAAACUGAGAUUAAACCAAGUGAUAAGCCACAGAGCAAAAGCAACAAACAAAUAAACAAACAAAGACUCUUUCCCGAAAAAGAGAGUGCAUCUGAGAGUUGAAAGUGCAAUGGACAUGGAUACCUUGCUACCUUCACCGCCCGCAACACCCCCGCUGAGGGAUAAUAAGUUGGAAAACGUCGCCAAGGACGAGCAACAGGUUAACGAGAACCUGCUCAAGGCCAAACUCAAGCUAGUGGCCCAAAAGAGCCAGAAGAAUGGAGGGAUUAUCACACCCAAUCCCUCGGACACGGAAGACGAGACCCCGGAAAUGGCGGUUCCCAACAAGAAGCCCCGCCUGGAACAGCCUGCCACGACCAUGACACCGCCACCGGAUCAGAAGCUGGAGGAUGAGCACAAGGCCGAGAGGGUCAGCGUCAUCAUGAGGGUCAACAGUGUCGGUGCUGUCUCUUCCAGCAACCAGGACGAGAACUCAUCCAGUUCCAGCUGCAGUUCCUCCUCCAACACCACCACAAGUACAAGCUUUGUUCCGCCCGCUGUGGAGGACGACUACCCAGAGGCCAAUGUGUGGCGCAAUCUCAAGUUCAAAAUGAACAGGAAGCGAGCUGCGGAAGUGGCUCUACCCCCAGUACAAAAACCAGAGACACCAGCUCCAGAGCUUCCGGCUCCAUCUACUCCAGCGGAAAAGCCCGAGGAGGAGGAAAUCAAACCCAUUCUGACGCCCAUCUGUGUGGCCCCAGUGGCUUCGCCUGCCAGCCAGCUCAUCCUGCUCAGCACAGUGGCCGCCCAACAGAGUCCCACGCCCAUACCCACCAUGCCCACGCUGCCCGAGGAGAAGCUCGCCACGAGAAUCACGGCAGCCCAGGCGGCGGCCACCAGAAGUCGCAUCUACGAAUGCAGUUUCCCCGAGUGCGGCAAGAACUACUUCAAGAGCAGCCACCUGAAGGCCCACCAGAGGGUUCACACCGGCGAGCGACCCUUCAUCUGCAAGUGGGCGAACUGCGACAAGAGGUUCUCCCGCUCCGAUGAGUUGUCCCGCCACAAGCGGACCCACACCGGCGAAAAGAAGUUCCAGUGCAGCGUGUGCCAGAAGAAAUUCAUGAGGAGCGACCACCUCUCCAAGCACGUCAAGCGGCACAACAAGGACAAGGCGAACGGAGUGAACCGGCACGUCUCCCUGGCCAACAACAACUCCUCAUCAUCAUCAUCCUCGGUAGCUCCAUCCCUCUGCGAUGCCUCGCUCCAUUUGCGAGCGAUAGCGCCGGCGGCCUCCAGCGCCUGCUCCUCGCCCGUCUCCUCCGCCAGUCUGCAAGUCUACAGCGCCCAGGAUCUGCUGAGACUUCAGCAGCAGGCCAGCAGUUUCACCUUCGGCGGAACCCUGCUCCAAGUGCAGCGAUGAGAAAAGCUGGACGACCUGCAGCUUCAGCAGCACCAGAACCAAUCUCAGCCCGACAGUAUCGCCAGCUAAACAGAUAAAACAAAACUCCCACCAAAAUCAGGCAAAUGCAGAGCGGAUCUUCAUCAAAGUCGAAUUCGGAAUGCCUAUUUUAAAGAACUACUGUAAAGAUUUGUAAAAUCGUAUAUUAAGGCCACACUUGAAGCUCGAAUUUUCCCUUAUUGAGAAUGUUCCAUCUAAUCUAAAAAUUCAGAAUUUUACUUCGAGUUUUCCCCCUCGUGUAGCUGGUGUAGUCUUAAGCUUAGUUAAGAGCUAGAUCUUGUCAUCGUUUUGUGCAUAUAUCAACUUCAAAUUCAAUAAGCUUCGCAUCUGUUAAACACAAAUCAAAUAGAUGCCACUUCCUUUCCAGGAGCACAGAGCACACUUCCUAGCUUAGCGAUCUUCUUCAGAUUUAGAUUCUGAAUACCCCUAGUGCUUGUACAUAUAUUAUAGAGGCGCAUUCGGCGCCCAACAUCUGUGAUAAUUAAGUUUUCUUAACUCUUUUCUAUUGUACCAUAGUUAUCGGUCUAAUUCUCUUAAACUUAAACACACAUAAUUGUAUUUAUUGCUAAAUGUGGAAAAAAGAGAAAGA